AUGACAGACCUCGACUUUCCAUCGAUCUACCUCCUUCCCACUCACCUAGAGGCGGAUCAACUACACGAGCUCGAGGGAAAGAUCCCGAGCCUCACAUACGACAUCCGCGAGGCCGAGAUUAUUGUCGGAAACAUCUUCAAACGAGAAAGGGCACUUUUCGAACUCAGGCGUAAGAAGGUGCAGACAGACCCAGUGGACGUAGCAGCUGCCGCAGAUGCGCAUCUCGUCACGCCCCGGAAGCGCAAAAGGGCGUCUUCUGGAAGCGACAGCGACUCUACCGUGUACACGGAAGAUGGACAGAGGUUUGGGCCAGGCACGUCACAGCUCGCCGGGACGUCGUCAGCUCCCGAGAGGGUCGCCAGUGAUGCCGACACUGUCAAGGUCGUGAAGCUGGCGUGGCUCCAAGAUUCGUUUGCACAGAGCAGGGUGCUUCCGCUUCAUGACUAUAUUCUCUACGAGGGCAUCAAGAAGGACGAAGACCGCGCGCCUGUCACUAUUAGGGGAAGUGACAUAUUGUCCCGCGCUGCCACCGACAGUGCGUCUCAAACACAGGGCAGUCUCUUACCGCAGAAGAAAAAGAAGGCGCAGUCCCCUUUCGAGACACACCGAUCAGUACCUUCUUUUAUCAGACAGACGACAUCGGAACAUGACUCAACGCUUGAGCUGCUACCUGUGCCGCAGUAUCUCAGAACAACAUAUGCUUGUCAGAGAUCUACGCCGGUCGAUCCUCCGAAUGCUGCAUUUGUUGAUAGCUUGAAGACGAUUAGGACCAUACGGAAACUAGGGGGCGAUCAAAUAGGAGUGAGAGCGUAUUCAACCUCGAUAGCCACGAUAUCGGCAUAUCCUCACGAGAUCGCCAACCCGCAAGAAGUUGCGAGGCUACCUGGCUGCGGCGCUAAGAUCGCCGAGCUGUGGCACGAGUGGAAGGAAACCGGCAGGCUUCCCGAGGCGGAUGAAGCCCAGGCGAAUCCCAAGUUUGCCGUCAUACAAACAUUUUACGACAUCUGGGGAGUUGGUGAUGCUACGGCUCGUGACUUCUACGGAAGAGGAUGGCGAGACCUGGACAACGUUGUCGAAUACGGCUGGGACAGUCUUAGUCGCGUGCAGCAGAUUGGCGUGAAGUACUAUGAUGAGUUCAAGCUUAAGAUACCUCGAACCGAAGUCGAGUCCAUUGCCGACACGAUCCUGGCUCACGCCCGCAGAAUCCACCCGGACUUCCAGUUGGUCAUUGUUGGCGGCUACCGGCGUGGCAAGCAAGGUAGUGGAGAUGUCGACGUGGUGAUGAGCCACCCCGACGAGUCUGUCACUUUGAACUUUGUCGACAAGUUGGUCAUGAGCCUGGAGAAGACUGGACAUAUAACGCACACGCUCGUGUUGAGUAAGCACAAUAGCGAGCGGGGCCAACAGCCUGUCAGCUGGAAGGGUAACGAGUUCAGGGGAGGCGGCUUCGAUUCACUCGACAAAGCGCUCGUGGUUUGGCAGGACCCGGCGACAAAUGGGCACGAGUUGCGAGAGAGGCCGCAUCGGCGUGUGGAUAUCAUCAUCAGUCCUUGGAAGACGGCCGGGUGCGCCGUCUUGGGCUGGAGCGGGGAGACGACGUUUCAACGGGACUUGCGCCGAUACUGCAAGAAGCAGAAGAGCUACAAGUUUGAUAGUAGCGGCAUCCGGAGCCGGCUCGACGGUAGCUGGGUCGACCUGGAGAGCGGCGACCUCGGGCAGGCUACCGACAUGUUGACAGCCGAGAGAAGGGUAUUCCAGGGCCUGGGCCUCGACUGGGUUCCUCCCGAGGAUAGGUGUACCGGCUGA